CUCCUUCCUACAGACAUCUUUCCCUCUCACUUCAAGAUGCCUCAGCCCUACAGCUUACUUGAAAGGUAAGUGCAUCAUGGCAGUUCUCAACGAUGAACGGCGGCUCCAGAUCGAGACGGCAGUCGAUAUCGUCGCCGUUCCAGCAAUAGGCGCAGACCCGGAAAAAACGUGGAUCGAUGAAGAUGCAAAGGCGCCUUGGCUUCUCUCCGAACUGACAAAAUUCAUACAAAAUGUCCGCGUGAUAUUGAUCGACCAUGGCCGAAUGGGACCACAAGAUGAUCUGGAAUCGUUAGCCCAUAGAUUACUAAAGCAACUUCUGCAGGAACGCCAGGCAACAAGUCCACGACGACCUAUUUUUUUCAUCUGCCAUAGCACGGGUGGUCUCGUCGCUAAAGCAGCGCUUGUCGCAGCUAGCCAAAAAACAUCGAACAUCGAAUCAAUAUGGUCGAGUUGUUAUGGGAUUGCAUUUUUGGCGAGCCCGCAUUUUGGCUCGAGCUACCUUUCCGCACCUGAGUUCACCAAUAGCAUUCACCACUUGAUGCGACUCAAGCAUCAUAUUCCACUAGGGAUGCAAGAGCUAUUCAAGCCGAGACAUCCGUAUCUGCUACGCCUAUGGAGUCAAUUCAAGUCUAUCUCAGCAGACAUGAAGCUUUGGUCCUUCCUCGAGACGCUUGACUCGGAAAUCAGCAUCGUUGACCACGAAACAGGAACUGCUGUAGAAAUGCACGUUCCCAUCACUUCGAUACGAUCAGGAAUUCUGGAUUUCGAGCACGAGAAAGUCAUCCCUUUAACAGCCGAUCAUAUCGGAACUGCUUGCUUCAAGGGUCAAGAGCUAACGACGAGGUUAAACUUCAUCAAUGAGCUCCAGUCAUCUAUCUCCAUGGCUGUAAGGCUGUCUAAGAUGAACGACGCUCCUAUGGGUGUAGAUCAGGAAGUCAUGAUCCAGGUAAGCGGUUUCUUUGAAGACACAGCCCGGCCGCACUGGACGUCUUUGGCCAUGUCGGGGUAGUGUCGCAUUGCAUACAUCCAGAUUUGACGGUAUCCGGACGUUAUACAUUCAGUAGUAGAUCCGCGUUGUCGGCGAAAAGUAGUUUCCGACGUCUGGACCAGAUAGUCACCGUCACCGUGACGGGGCCGAAAGCUGUGGACUAGUGCACUCCGGACUGUUGGACGCUGCUUGUUCAGAACGACCAAGCGCUUCACGGCAUUGGCGCAGAGUUCAAGGUAUGAGAUGUCGCGGAAAAAGGUAUGAAGGGAGGGGAUGAUGCCAUCGCAAGCUUCUUUUGACCGUAGGUUCUCCCAUAUUGAGGCGCGUUCGGAUCGAC